GGACCUCAUGCUCUCAUAAAGCUGCUCGCUGAGUCAAAACCAGAGAGGAGAGAGGAGAGAGGAGAGAGGAGAGAGGAGAGAGGGCUUUCACUUUUUCACUUUCUCUCUCUAACCUUAAUGGCGGCUCACAGAAAGCGGGCGAGACCAUAGACCAAUUGGCUUCUAGUCCAGCUUCACUGUUUCAAUCCCAUCGACUCUCUUUUUUCUCCUCCAACGCUUUACCCAGCCCUUAUAACCCACUUGAUAAGAACGGAGAGGAAUCUCGUGAACGCGGCCGCCUGGAUCUGGGAAACCCUAGAGGCUGAGCGCUCGGGAGGGGAAAACAGGGGGCAUGUGGAAGAAGGCGAAGGAUGCGCUAGGGCUGAACCUGUGUGUAUUCGAGCCGAGGACUCGGGAUGAGGAGUUCCUGCGGUUGGGAACUGGGAGGACGUCGGAUGCAUCUACUGUAAUGGCCGGCGCUUCCAUGGCGGCUGCCGGCGGUGGUUCCGACUCUGGGUUACUCUCUCUGAUGCCGAUUUCGUCGACCCCAACCUCGUCCUGUCUCCGGCUGUCGAAAUCUGGGAGCAGAUCAUACAAGAAAACAUGUGCUAUAUGUUUGGAGAGUAUGAAAGCAGGCCAUGGUGCCCUCUUUACUGGAGAAUGUUCGCAUGCCUUCCACUUCAACUGUAUUGCUUCCAACGUUAAAUUUGGCAAUUGUGUGUGCCCCAUUUGCAGGGCUAAAUGGAAGGAGAUCCCUUUCUUAGGUCCUCCUUUGUCCGAUCUUCCUCAUAUGAGAGCUCGAGUAAAUCCAGCCCACUGGCCACAGGAGGAUGGCACAAUAACCCUUUUGCGUAGGCUUCCUCGCACAGAUUUAUCCAACAGGCAACAUCAGCUCUCUUCUCUUUUAACCAUCUCUGAGCCAAAUGUUUAUGAUGAUGAUGAGCCUGUAGGGUUCCAAUCUGAAGUUCCUGAACAUGGAUUGACUGGCACAAUUGAUGUCAAAGCAUACCCAGAAUAUUCCGCCAUUCCAAAAAUGGCUUCUGAAGAAUCUUUCUCUAUAUUGAUCCAUCUAAAGGCCCCUUGUGGGAAUCAGAAUGCAAGUCUGAUAGCAAAUCAUCCUUCUCGUGCACCUAUUGAUCUGGUGACCGUGCUUGAUAUCAGCGGUAGCAUGGCCGGCACAAAGCUUGCACUUUUAAAGCGUGCCAUGGGCUUCGUCAUCCAGAAUCUCGGUCCUUCCGAUCGACUCUCUGUCAUUGCUUUCUCUUCUACCGCACGACGCCUCUUACCUCUUCGCCGGAUGACUGAGUCUGGCCGGCAGCAUGUAUUGCAGGCCGUUAACUCCCUUGUUUCGAGCGGUGGAACCAAUAUUGCCGAGGGACUUAGGAAAGGAGCCAAGGUGAUCGAAGAGCGGAAGGAGAAAAACUCAGUUUGCAGCAUCAUACUCCUCUCUGACGGGCAAGACACAUACACAGUAUCCUCAAGUGGCAGCGGGGUUAACCGUUCUCCGCCGGACUACCAAUCUCUAGUUCCAUCUUCCAUCCGCUGCAAUGCAGGCCAUCAGGUUCCUGUUCAUGCAUUCGGUUUCGGCACCGAUCAUGAUUCUUUUUCCAUGCAUUCGAUCUCCGAGAUUUCGGGUGGGACAUUUUCAUUCAUAGAGUCCGAGUGCACGAUUCAGGAUGCCUUUGCGCAGUGCAUCGGCGGCCUCCUUAGCGUCGUCGUACAAGAAUUGAUUGUUGAAGUUGAGUGCUUGUAUCCCGGCAUCCAGCUCGCUCCUAUAAGGUCAGGUAGUUAUGCUAACCAGGUUGUUGAUGGAUUGAAGGGUUCGAUCAGCGUUGGGGAUCUGUAUGCAGAUGAAGAGAGGGACUUCCUUGUUUCUGUUAAUGUUCCACCGGUGACCGAUGAAGAGAUUGCGCUCCUGAAGGUUGGUUGCUCCUACAGAGAUCCCUUGUCCAAGGAGAUGGUGAAUUUGAACGGCGAAGAUGUGAGAAUUCGAAGGCCAGAAGCUGUAUCAGAAAGAGAUUUGUCCAUUGAAGUAGAUCGGGAGAGGAAUCGAAUCUGCGCGGCGGAGACUAUCUCAGAAGCAAGGGCUGCAGCCGAGCGUGGCGCUCUUUCUGAAGCCGUCUCAAUUCUCGAAGCUCGCCGGGUGAUUCUUUCUGAGUCGUUGGCGGGGCAGUCCGGUGAUCAUCUAUGCGCCGCGCUGAAUGCUGAGCUGAGAGAGAUGCAGGAGAGAAUGGAAAGCAGGCAGAGGUAUGAAGAAUCUGGGAGAGCUUAUGUGCUUUCAGGACUGAGCUCUCAUUCAUGGCAGAGGGCAACUGCUCGAGGGAACUCGACCGACAGCGCUACCCUUCUUCAUUCUUACCAGACACCAUCAAUGGUCGACAUGCUUCAGCGCUCACAGACAUUAUGCCCGUCUCCGAGGCCUUCAAGGCCACCCAUUAGGCCUGCUAGGUCCUUUCCUUGCCGGCCUGAUCCAAGGUAAUUUCACCAUUGUUGUUCUGCAAAAAUACUAGUGCUCCUUUCUUUCUUUUUUGGUUUUUUUGCCUUUUCAUCCCAGUGCCUCUCCUUUUUCUUCAUAGUGGGAAGGAAUAUCGGUUAGAAAAAAGUUAGAGGGGGAAAGAACUUGAUGGUCUUACAUGGUGGGGUAUACUCCUGUCUUGUAAAUGAAUAAAGUUAGGUAUUGUGUUGGGGGAUGGAGAGAGUUAAGGUGUGGGAGGGGUAAACAGUGGUGAGGUAUGGUUAAGGUGAUUAAUUUAAGGGUUGAUUUUUCUAAUUUUUUUGGUUUUCUUAGUUUUUUGGCUUAUUUUUGAUGUGCAUAGAGCAGGGUUGUAAUCUGUGCCAUAUUUGGGGUUUUAAUUUUCUCAUGCUUUCCUUUUAAUAUUACCACUUCUGUUUAUGAAAUAUCAAAGAGA